UCUCCGAAGGUGCCUCGGGGAGCCUCUGGGCAGGAAUCCACCCCGGGGGGAGGAGCCGCCCUGGGAGUGGGGACGCAGCCCAGCCGCGCCGCUACCUCCCCUGUCUGCUCCGCUAGCCCCCGGGGACCGCCAUGGCCCAGAAGCGUCCUGCCUGCGCCCUGGACCCCGAGGACAUCCAGCUGCUGGUGCUCUGCUCCCAGGAGGCCAAGAAGUCCGCGUACUGUCCUUACAGCCACUUCCCCGUGGGGGCCGCCCUCCUCACCCGCGACGGCAAGAUCUUCUUAGGGUGCAACGUAGAAAACGCCUGCUACCCGCUGGGCAUCUGUGCUGAACGGACCGCUAUCCAGAAGGCCAUCUCAGAAGGAUACCAAGAUUUCAGGGCAAUCGCUGUUGCCGCUGACGUGCAAGAUGAUUUCAUCUCACCAUGCGGGGCCUGCAGGCAAGUCAUGAGAGAGUUUGGCUCCAACUGGGAUGUCUACUUGACCAAGCCGGAUGGUACCUAUGUUCUCAGGACAGUCCAGGAGCUGCUGCCCGCCUCCUUCGGGCCCGAGGACCUGCAGAAGGUCCAGUGAAAGAUGGAGAAUGCCCACCGCCUGGGAGAGCCUGGGUUCCCACAGGUGCUUAAGGAGCCAGCUGUCCGGAGAGCUUCACGAAGACCUCACAGACCUGGGACACCUGCCGAGUGGGCCCCAAGCCCACAGGGGCUGGGCAGAGAUGACUUUUGCAAAUGGUCCUCAAGCACUUGGGUCUUCUACUGAAGUGAUAGAGGGGUCUCACUCCAGCCUGGGUCAUGGCCCCUCCCUGUCACCCCAGACCACCCCACCUGCCACCCGAGACCAGAGAAACCCAUUCCUUCCUCUCCUUCCUGCGGGACCUCUUUAAAAUCCAGGCCAAGUGUGGACUGCUGCCCCAUUCGCCUUCCCAAGGUUCUAUCCUGUUCGGAGCGACUUUUCUAAUUAUAAACAUCACAGCGCCGCCUGGCUCAGGAGAGAA